AUGAGGAUGGUAUUGUUCAUCCAAGAAAAUGAUCUUGUUGUUUGGGACAUUAUUAUGGAUGGUCCUUCAGUUUCAUCCAAACAAGAAGGAAAGCUUUUAGUUUCAAAAAGUAAGAGUGAAUGGAAUGAGGAAGUUAAGAGAAGCAUUCAACUUAAUGCCAAGGCAAUGUACAUUCUAUUUUUUGCACUUGGUCCGGAUGAGUAUAGUAGAGUUUUGACUUGUUCAAAUGCCAAGGAGAUAUGGAACAAGCUUGAAGUCACCCACGAAGGCACUAGCCAAGUGAGGAAGUCUAAACUUGGAAUCCUUACACUCAACUAUGAAACUUUCAAGAUGAAGCCUAGAGAAGAUAUCAAGGAGAUGUCCGAUCGAUUUACAAUCAUCACAAAUGAAUUUAAGUCUUAUGGAAAGACUUAUCCAAAUGAAGAAGUGGUAAGAAAAAUUCUUCAAAAAUUACCUAUAAAAUGGGAAGCCAAAGUGAUCGCAAUUGAAAAUGCAAAGAAUUUAGAAACUUUGACAUUGGAUGAGCUCAUCGGUUCUUUACUUACACAUGAUAUGAGACUAAACAAAGGGGGUGAAGAAGAAAAAGUUAUGAAGAAAAAUGUUGGCAUUGCUUUAAAAUCAACCACAAAUGAAGGUAGUGAAUUAAGUGAAGAGGUGGAUGAAGACAAAGAGCUGAAGAUGUUUGCUAGGAGAUUCAAGAGCAAGAAACUGGGACACAUCAAGUACGAUUGUCCUCAACAUAAAAAGAAAGGGUCUAGCAAAAAAAAGGCCUAUGUUGCUGCUUGGAGUGAUGAAGAUUCAUCCGAUGAUGAAGUAGCCAACUUAUGUAUUCUGGCCAUCAAUGAUACUAAGGUAACUUCUAACUCAUCUACUCUAAAUGAUUAUUCUUUUGAUGAGUUGCAAGAUGCCUGUGAUGAGUUGGGUUUGAAAUUUGAAGUCGUGAUGUCAAAACACAAGAAAAGUGUUUCAAAUUUGAGAAAUGAAAAUGACUUACUCUCCAAAAACAAUCAUGAACUUUAA